UCAGAUGUAAUCUUUUAGUGCAUUGUAAACUGAGAAAUACUCGCAGUCAACUGAACCGUUGAAUAAGACGCCACAGUGAAGAAAGGUAUCGAACGUUUGACAACAAGAUGGUGUUCGACAGGGUUGGUGGUUUCAUCGGACGUUAUCAUUUAUACAGACCUAAAUACGACGAACGACAAGAGAAUCACACUAAAAUGGUCUCUGGAUUGGUCUUCUGCGACAAAUGAGAAACAUCAGUCAGAAUGCCUGUUCAAUGCGGUGGAGUGUCCAAAUGAAGGAUGUAAAGAGAAGCUCACCAGGCGAGAUAUGAACAAUCACAUGAUAACGGAAUGUGUCUGGAGGGAAGUUAGUUGUGAAUAUUGUCGAGGAUCAUUUAUCGUGAAAAACAAGAAGCAACAUCAAAGCGUCUGUCAAAAGUUUCUGGUUCAAUGUGCCAACAAUUGUGGUCUGAGUAAUAUUCCACGAGAAAAGCUCGUGGCUCAUAUUCGUGAUGACUGUCCUUUAACUGAAAUUGAUUGUAAAUACAAGAACUUAGGAUGCCAAUAUGUGUUUCAAAGAAGAAAUACCAAAUCUCACUUGGAAUCACACAUGGAAAGACACUUGAACUUAGCUGUACGCAGCCUUGAAACUACUCAGAAUCAGAUUAAAGAUCAGGCAAAGCAGAUUGAGCGAUUGACAUCCACAUUCAAGGAUCAGUUACAGCAGUUGAAUAAUCAGUCACAGCAGUUAAAUGAUCAGUCACAGCAGUUGAAUAAUCAGUCACAGCAGUUGAAUGAUCAGUCACAGCAGUUGAAUGAUCGAUCACAGCAGUUGAAUGAUCAGUCACAGCAGCUGAAUAAUCAGUCACAGCAGUUGAAUGAUCAGUCACAGCAGUUGAAUGAUCAGUCACAACAGUUGAAUGAUCAAUCACAGCAGUUGAAUGAUCAGUCACAGCAGUUGAAUGAUCAGUCACAGCAGUUGAAUGAUCAGUCACAGCAGUUGAAUGAUCAAUCACAGCAGUUGAAUAAUCAGUCACAGCAGUUGAAUGAUCAGUCACAGCAGUUGAAUGAUCAGUCACAACAGUUGAAUGAUCAAUCACAGCAGUUGAAUGAUCAGUCACAGCAGUUGAAUGAUCAGUCACAGCAGUUGAAUAAUCAGUCACAGCAGUUGAAUAAUCAGUCACAGCAGUUGAACGAUCAGUCACAGCAGUUAAAUGAUCAAUCACAGCAGAUAGAAAGAUUGAUGGCCGGAAAUAUAGAACAGUCACUGCAGAUAAACAGUUUGAUGACCAAAGACAUGAAUCAUUCUCAAAAAACUGACCGAUCGAUUUCUUCUCUGAAUGAACAGUCACGGAAGGUAGCCAGUUUAACGUCCACUGAGGGGAGUCUGGUGCAGCAAGAAGAACGCCCGGGUGAUACUAUGAAACAGAGCUUCAAGCCUAAAUCAAUCAAUGAUAUUGAUGUAGGUAUGAAGGUAUUGCUUAGAUUGGGUGGGAAACGUCGAGGAACAGUCAAGUACGUCGGACCUUUAUCAGGAAGUCCAGGUUGGCUCGGCGUAGAGUUAGAUCCGGGUGAAGGGUAG